AGGAAACAGGCACAAAGCUUGCAUUGAUAAUAGUCGACAUUACGGAAGGUUAAUUGGGAUAUAAUCGUAUAAUCGCUACUUUAAGCAGGAUCAUGGUCAGGAAACACACUUUAUUCGCUGUUUUAUUGCUGUGUUACGUUUCUGGGAUUGGCAGCAAAGAAAUUAUAGAUGGGUUUACAUCAAAACUCUCCAAGUACUCCAUUGUAAAUCCUCAGUUAGUCCACAGAUGGACAAGGAGCAUCAACAAACCACCACAGUCACAAGAGAAAUAUGUGGAGGAGACAGUAUCAUAUGCGAUCACCAUAAACAACAGAAAACACCUCCUUCAUCUAAAAAAGAACAGAGACUUUUUACACCCAAACUUUGUACAGUAUUCAUAUGAUGCCACUGGUAACCAUGAGUCAUCAUAUCCAGAACAGCACGUGCAUUGUUAUUACCAUGGAGAGGUGGAGGGACAUGAGGAUUCAGUGGUAGUGCUCAGCACAUGCUCUGGCCUCAGGGGUGUGAUCCUUCUUGGAAAUGAGACCCUUGGCCUUGAGCCUGUGCCACAGUCUGCCACCAACGAACAUCUUCUGUACCAGCUGAAGGACGUCCAGUCUGGGCCCAGCACUUGUGGGGUGGUCAGUGAGGCUGCAUCAACCCAAAGCCAUGAACCCUUUGAGGCUGGCCAAUCACUGACUUCACUGCUGCGGAGGAAGCGCAAUUUACCUCAAACCAGUUAUGUGGAGCUGGCGCUUGUUGUCGAUAACCUCCGGUACAAUUUUAAGGAACAAAAUGAGACAGCGGUACGAGAAGAAAUGGUGGAAAUGGCUAAUCUACUGGACGGGUAUUACAAGCAGCUGAAUAUCCGUGUGGUGCUGGUGGCCCUGACGGUUUUUAAGGAUAGUAAUCCCUUUGAUGUGGAAGGCUCAGCAGGACAGGUGCUAGGGCGGUUUGUCAAGUGGCGGAAGAGUACUCUGUUGCCAAAGAUCAGGCAUGACGUCGGCCAACUCAUUGUCGGUCGGCCCAAAUCGUACGAUGGAGGUGUAUUGGGUAUGGCCUUUGUGGGCACAGUCUGCUCUGUAGCAUCCUCUGGAGGAAUCAACGUGUUUAGUAAAAACAACCUAGUUUAUGUCUCCACUGUGGUGGCCCAUGAGAUGGGCCAUAACCUGGGCAUGAAUCACGACAAUGGGCGCUGCACCUGCAAUGGAAAAAGCUGCAUCAUGGCAGCCUCUGUAAGUGGUUCCACCGAUUUUAGCCGCUGCAGUGGAGAAGACUUUGAGAAGCUGGUUCUUCGUGGGGGAGGCAUGUGUCUGAAAAACCCGCCAGACCCAUCAGACGUGGUUGGUGUUGCUGAGUGUGGCAAUGGCCGGCUGGACAAAGGAGAGCAGUGUGACUGUGGCAAACCAGAGGAAUGCAACAAUAAAUGCUGUGAUUCUGCAACUUGCAAAUUUACACGUGGGGCCACCUGUGCUCAGGGGGACUGCUGCGACAACUGUCAGCUCAAAGUUUCUGGAACACCAUGCAGGAACUCUGCAAACACCUGUGAUCUUUCUGAAUACUGUGAUGGUAAGACUGCAUUCUGUCCCGAGGACUUCUAUAUUAUGGACGGCCUGCCCUGCCAAGACCGUCAAGAGGCUGCGUACUGCUAUGAGGGACGAUGCCAGUCAUAUGAUUUUCAGUGCAAACAUCUCUUUGCACCAGAUCCAGCAACAAAGGCAGCAGAUCUUUGUUUCAGGAAUGCAAAUACUAGGGGAGACAAAUUUGGAAACUGCGGAGUCGACAGUAAACAAAACGCCCUCAAAUGUUCUGUAGCAAAUUCCAUGUGUGGAAAGUUGCAAUGUGCCAACGUGGACAGCAACAACCCUCCUCCUGGUGCCCAAGUCAGUGUCGAGGAUGUUCAAGGGUCAAAGUGCAUAAAUGCACAUUUCAACCUUGGUUCGGAUGUGCUAGAUCCCGCCUACGUCAACCCUGGCAGCCCUUGUGACAAAGGAAAAACCUGCCUGGAAUUCCAGUGUGUGAAUGCCUCUGCUCUGUUGCCUCUGCUCUUGGACUGUGAUGCCCAAACCACCUGCAACAGCAGAGGGGUAUGUAAUGACCAAGGACACUGCCACUGUAAAGACGGAUGGGCACCACCUAACUGUGACAAGUCUGGGCGAGGUGGCAGCGUAGACAGUGGUCCUGCUCAGAUAGAUUACUCCCUCAGAAACGGCCUUUUGAUCUUCUUCCUGUUGGUGGUUCCUCUUCUGGUCCUUGUCAUUCUGGUGCUGCUCUUCUUCUUCAGGAGAGACUCUCUGGACCUGUGUCUAAAAAGACGCCGCCACAAGUCAGACAAUGCUCGCAAUGGAAAUACAAAUGGGCAGUCAAACAGCAGUGUUCCAACAACUUCCUCAACCCAGCCUCCAGCGCAGGCAACUUCUGAUGUGUCUGGAUAUCCAGCAGCCACCUCAAUUCCAAUUUCUGGUUUCAGGUAUGGAGAACUGGAUUACUGGAAUGCUGAAGCAGGCACUGCCCAUGCACAACCAGAAGCCCCUCAACAAGGCCCCGGAGUGCCCAAACCAAUCCCACCCAAGCAGACAUAGAGUUGAUUCUCUUUUUAUAUCAAGUAUUUUCAUUUGUUUUGUGUAUGCAUGGAGUUUACUACAGAUCAACACCGUAUAAUAUAAUAUAUGGGAACAGUUUCAAAACACUGUGACAACUUUAACUUGUUUCUAGCCCCUUAUUUUUAUUUUUUAAGGUUGACUGUAGUAAUGUGGUGGUGGAUGAGGCUGUUAGACAUGUAAAUAUUUAUUGAAAGAUGUUUGUUUUAUUGGUUUCCUGUGUGUCACUCAUUGGAAAUACAUGCACAUAAAAUAUAUUUUUUAAGUAUAAUCAAAUGUUUUGUAUUAUAAUGUAUUAAAAUAUCGAUUUAUAUUGAUGAAUGUU